CCACCACCACCCCCUCUCCUUCUGCCCCGGGAGAAAUCUCAACUAAGCGCACAGGGAGAGGAAGAAGCCGCGAAGAAGACGUCGACCGCAAACACAACACAGAAUCUCAGUGGCACAUUAGACGCCUGCACAGCCCAGGUCGCGGGCGCUUGGAUCCCACUGCUGGGCACCGCUCUCCUCUUCCUCUUGCCCCGGCAAACGCCGAAAGCAGCCGACGCGCGUAAACGCUGGACGCAGCGGAGGCGCUGUGUCGGUGUGCUCUCAUCCUGCCCGUCGCAAAAGGGGCCGAGCGACGCCGGGGUCGGCGGCCGAGAGGGAUUACAAUUGUUUGUGAAGCCCCGGGCUCGGUGCGCGCGGCGGCUGCGUGCGCGUCGCCUCGUCUCGCCGGAGCGCAGAGUCCAGGAGCCCGCGCUGCCCGGGACCUUUGGAGCGAGCUGCACUUGACGGGGAACCGGCGGGCGACCCGGGCUCUUUCCUCCGAGCCGCCGCGUGGAAGGGGCGAAACCGACGACCCCUGCGAGAAUGCCUCUUGCACAGAUCGCGGAGCCAUGGCCCACGAUGGAACUGGUGCAGCUCGACGCGGAGAAUGGGCAGAGCACCACUGAGGACGGAGUCACACCUGCUGUCAAGAUUGAGCCUCAUAUAACCUGGAUUGAGAGGGACUUUGCCGCUAUUAGAAGCCAGGAGGAUGGAGACAUCAAGGAGAUCAACAUUACCCAUGUGGUCAAAGAGGGCUCGGAGAAGGCCGAUGCCUCUCAGUUUGAGCUGCUCAAAGUUUUGGGACAGGGGUCCUUCGGCAAGGUUUUCCUGGUGCGGAAGGUGACCCCUCCAGAUGCCAACCAACUCUAUGCCAUGAAGGUCCUCAAGAAGGCCACACUCAAAGUGAGAGAUCGUGUGAGGACCAAGAUGGAGAGAGAUAUUUUGGCAGACGUCAACCACCCAUUUGUUGUCAAACUGCACUAUGGGUUCCAAACUGAAGGAAAGCUGUACUUGAUCCUGGACUUCCUCAGAGGAGGAGACCUCUUCACUAGACUCUCUAAAGAGGUGAUGUUCACUGAGGAGGAUGUGAAGUUUUAUCUGGCAGAGCUGGCCUUAGGACUGGACCACCUCCAUAGCCUGGGCAUCAUUUACAGAGACCUGAAGCCUGAAAACAUUCUCCUGGAUGAGGAGGGUCAUAUCAAACUCACAGAUUUUGGUUUGUGUAAAGAAGCCAUCGAUCAUGAGAAGAAAGCCUAUUCCUUCUGUGGUACUGUGGAGUACAUGGCACCAGAGGUUGUGAACAGGCAGGGACACACCCACAGCGCUGACUGGUGGUCAUUCGGAGUACUAAUGUUUGAGAUGUUGACCGGGGCUCUGCCAUUUCAAGGGAAGGACCGCAAAGAAACCAUGGGCUUAAUUCUGAAGGCUCGUCUGGGAAUGCCUCAGUUCCUGAGUACAGAGGCCCAGUCUCUGCUCAGGGCUUUGUUCAAGAGGAAUCCCGCCAACAGGCUGGGAUCGGGUGCCGACGGUGCGGAGGAGAUCAAAAGACACGGUUUCUACUCCACCAUAGACUGGAAUAAACUCUUCAGGAAAGAAUUAAAGCCUCCAUUCAGACCGGCGGUGGCGCGUCCAGACGAUACUUUCUACUUUGACUCCGAGUUCACCUCCCGCACCCCUAAAGACUCCCCUGGCGUGCCCCCAAGUGCCGGAGCGCACCAGCUCUUCAGAGGCUUCAGUUUCAUCGCGUCGACUCUGUUGGAAGAGGACGGCUCAGCGGAGCCAGUGCAGCCUCUGCCACAUCCAGUGGUCCAGCAGCUACACGGGAAGAACCUGCUGUUCAGCGACGGCUACGUGUUGAAGGAGGAUAUCGGCAUGGGCUCCUUCUCCGUCUGUAAACGAUGCGUCCACAAAGCCACCAACACAGAAUACGCCGUCAAGAUGAUUGACAAGACCAGUACAGACCCCUCUGAAGAGAUUGAGAUUCUACUUAGAUAUGGACAGCACCCCAACAUCAUAACCCUGAAGGAUGUGUACGACAACGGGAAGCAGGUGUUCCUGGUGACGGAGCUGAUGCGCGGCGGCGAGCUGCUGGAUCGGAUCCUCAAGCAGAAGUUCUUCUCGGAGAGAGAGGCCAGCGCAGUGCUUCACACCAUCACCAGGACUGUGGAGUACCUGCACUCACAGGGGGUGGUGCACAGGGACCUGAAGCCCAGCAACAUCCUCUACGUGGACGAGUCGGGGAAUCCCGAGUCAAUCAGGAUCUGCGACUUUGGCUUCGCCAAGCAGUUGCGUGCCAACAACGGCUUGCUGAUGACCCCGUGCUACACUGCUAACUUUGUGGCCCCAGAGGUGUUGAAGCGUCAGGGCUAUGAUGAAGGAUGUGACAUCUGGAGCCUGGGAGUCUUACUGUACACCAUGCUGGCUGGUUUUACUCCAUUUGCCAACGGACCUGAGGACACCCCCAACGAGAUCCUGAGCAGGAUAGGCAGCGGCCACUUCAGCCUGACUGGAGGAAACUGGGAUACUGUGUCUGAAGCUGCCAAGGAACUGGUGUCCAAGAUGCUCCAUGUGGAUCCUCACCAGAGACUGACUGCUAAGCAGGUCCUCAGGCACCCCUGGAUUGUCCAGAGAGACAAACUACCCAACAGCCAGCUCCCACACCAGGACCCCAAACUGGUCAAGGGCGCAAUGGCGGCCACCUACUCCGCCCUGAAGAACUCCCAGCCCACUCCGGAGCUCAAGCCCAUCGAGAGCUCCUUCCUCGCUCAGAGGCGCGUCAAGAAGCUUCCCUCCACCUCCCUGUAGAGACUCCACGAACGACCAGUCAUCUCACUGGAGACCGACCGAAACCGCACCUCCUGGCUCCAAACCACCCAGUUGGCUUGCUCGGGAACUCACUGUCCACACGUCACCACCAGCCAAGGAACGUUGACUGUGAUCCUGCCCCCGUUCACGUGACCUCAGUUGUACCUCUCUCUCGCUGUCAUCCUCAUUGUUCGGGCUUGUCAGCUGCUGUUGGUCAAUGUCCUUGGACAAAAAGACAGUGAAGAUGGAUGAGGGGGUUGAUAAGGGAAAAAAAAAAAGAAAAAAAAUUGGUGCAGGUUUUUGGCAGAUGUAUUAGUGGCUGUGUGCGCGUGUGUGUGUAUGUAUGUGUGUGCGUAUGUGCAUGACAUGCCAACAGAGUGGAUGCAGCCACUGUUUUGAUUGUGACAAUGAAAGUUUUUUCUCUCGCCAUCGCUGCUGUAAUUGGUUGUCGUUCAGCUUGCUGCACGCCCGUCGGUCUGUCUGUCCGCCCGUUCUGUUUCGUUCUGUUUUUCGUCCUCCUGUUCUUUUUGUCGAGUUGAUGAGCUUUAUAUUAGCGGCCGUGCUGCCAAAUCAAUCUGUGCCGACAGCACCAGCCCGCAGUACUGUCCAGCUGAUGUUUAAUGGAGCAUUAUUGAUAUAAAUAUUGAACAUUUCUGCCAUAAAAGGCCUCUUUGGCUUUGGUACAGCCAGAAUACGGGAAUUCUGGGAAAUGUCAAAUGCUGAUGUUUUGGUUAAUGUCGAUCUUUGCUUUGUGUUUUGUUUUACAGAGAGAGUGUGUGGGUGGGUGUCAGUUGCAUGACUUGCUCUGUGUGCGUGUGUGAAUGAGUGUGUACUGUCUUGCGGGAUGCUGCAGGGUCAUGUGCAUGGUCUGGUGAUGUGAUGAUGUCAUGUGGCUUCCUUGUUUCUUCUCUCCUCUCCCUUUACUCUGCUUGGUCCUCCUGCUGGCAACCAUCUGAGAUGUCUGUUAUUUUUAUUACUACUAAAAAAAUUUAAAAACUAGUAAAAUAGGUGGCUUUCUGUGAAAGAAAACUUGCCCAAGGAACAGUGUGGCAUGUUAAAAUUCUAUAUUUGCUAUUUAGCUUUUCUUGUUUUCUCCUUCUUUUCCCACUGUGUUUCUCGGAUAAUGCAUAUUGAAUGCUGUUUCCUGUGUUUGCUGCUUUUGUUGUUGAUUUUUUUGUUUGUUUUGUUUGUUUUUGUCCAAAGAAAGUGCUGAUUUAAAAUAGGGAAAGACAUGCUGAGCACAUCACAGUCCGUGGACUUGCUGGCGUACAGGGCUCCUCUUCUGUUUUUGAAAUGUAGGGAGGAUGGGGUUGACUGUUGUCUGAGUCAGCCUCUCUCUCUCCCGGAAAUUCUGUCAAGUCACUGGUUGUUAAUAUCACACAGGCCUACUCUCAGCGUGGAGUAUCUUCAGCCGUCUUGUGUUUUGACCCUUUUCAUUCAUUUGAAUUUCCGCUGAUUCUGUUAUUUCACCGUUUUCUUUGUUAUCAUUAACACUGAAUUGGAGACUAACGUCACUGUAAGUAGCUUCAUAGGCCGGAUCCUGCUUUCAGCUCGGUGCCUACAGGUGAGGCAGAAUGUCUUACAUGGAAAACGUGUGAAAACAAGCCAAGCAGCCGGAAGAUACUGUACAUGUGAAGAAGGGAAGGCCUGUGCUGUGGCUGAAUAAUCCAUGAACCAGCUGUCUUACCUCAAAAAGGGAUCAAAAUUUCUAUUAUAAUUAUUGUUUGGUGGCAAAACUCUCCCCCUCCUUUGACUAAAUUUAUGGUAAGAUGUCAUUGUAUGAUAAAGAUGAAGAUUUUUAUAUCUUACAAAUAUUAAAAAAUCCAGUUGCUACAACAAAA